CAAUGGAGCGUACGAAACGUGUCCUUAUUUUAUUGGAUAGAAGGUUCCAGAGCGACUCCGACUUCUAUAUAAAGCAACCAGUUUUCGCAGAGGUCUUCAUUCUCUCUAUUCCAGCGAACGCGAAGAAGAAAUCGUAGAAAGCUCUUAAAAAUGCAGAUCUUUGUAAAGACACUCACUGGAAAGACCAUCACUCUCGAGGUUGAGAGUUCUGACACAAUUGACAAUGUCAAAGCCAAGAUUCAAGACAAGGAAGGCAUCCCUCCUGACCAGCAGAGACUUAUCUUUGCUGGAAAGCAACUCGAAGAUGGGCGUACAUUGGCUGACUACAAUAUCCAAAAGGAAUCAACCCUUCACCUUGUCUUGCGUCUCAGAGGAGGCAUGCAGAUCUUCGUGAAGACACUCACUGGAAAGACCAUCACUCUCGAGGUUGAGAGCUCCGAUACAAUUGAUAAUGUCAAGGCCAAAAUCCAAGACAAGGAAGGCAUCCCUCCAGAUCAGCAGCGCCUCAUCUUCGCAGGAAAACAGCUUGAGGAUGGGCGUACAUUGGCUGACUACAACAUUCAAAAAGAGUCCACCCUUCACCUUGUGCUCCGCUUGAGAGGGGGCAUGCAGAUCUUUGUCAAAACACUAACAGGCAAGACAAUCACCCUUGAAGUUGAGAGCUCUGACACCAUUGACAAUGUGAAAGCUAAGAUUCAGGACAAGGAAGGUAUUCCACCCGAUCAGCAGCGAUUGAUUUUUGCUGGGAAACAGCUUGAGGAUGGCCGUACUCUUGCGGAUUACAACAUCCAGAAGGAAUCAACCCUACAUCUGGUGCUCCGUUUGAGGGGUGGCAUGCAGAUCUUUGUCAAGACCCUUACAGGAAAGACCAUCACUUUGGAAGUUGAGAGCUCUGACACCAUUGAUAAUGUGAAAGCCAAGAUUCAGGACAAGGAAGGUAUCCCACCCGAUCAGCAGCGUUUGAUCUUCGCUGGGAAACAGCUUGAGGAUGGCCGUACUCUUGCUGAUUACAACAUACAGAAGGAGUCAACCCUUCAUCUUGUCCUCCGCCUCAGGGGUGGCAUGCAGAUCUUCGUCAAGACAUUAACAGGCAAGACCAUCACAUUAGAAGUGGAGAGCUCAGACACAAUAGAUAAUGUUAAGGCAAAGAUCCAAGACAAGGAGGGGAUUCCCCCAGACCAGCAGAGGUUGAUCUUUGCAGGGAAGCAGUUGGAAGAUGGGAGGACACUUGCAGAUUACAAUAUCCAAAAGGAGUCUACUCUUCAUCUGGUUCUGCGACUGCGUGGUGGAAUGCAGAUAUUUGUCAAGACACUGACGGGGAAGACCAUCACCCUGGAGGUUGAGAGCUCAGAUACCAUUGACAAUGUGAAGGCCAAGAUCCAGGACAAGGAGGGGAUUCCCCCGGAUCAGCAGAGGCUGAUUUUUGCCGGAAAGCAGUUGGAGGAUGGUCGCACGCUUGCUGAUUAUAACAUUCAGAAGGAAUCGACACUCCAUCUGGUGCUCCGUCUCCGUGGUGGCAUGCAGAUUUUUGUGAAGACUCUCACUGGGAAGACCAUUACUCUGGAGGUGGAGAGUUCUGAUACGAUUGACAAUGUUAAGGCAAAAAUCCAGGACAAGGAGGGGAUCCCACCAGACCAGCAGCGCCUCAUCUUCGCAGGUAAGCAGCUUGAGGAUGGGCGGACACUGGCAGAUUACAACAUACAGAAGGAAUCCACCCUUCACCUUGUCCUCCGCCUCCGCGGUGGUUUCAUGCAAAUCUUUGUAAAGACACUCACUGGGAAGACCAUCACUCUCGAGGUCGAGAGUUCUGACACUAUUGACAAUGUCAAAGCCAAGAUCCAAGAUAAGGAAGGCAUCCCUCCUGACCAGCAGAGGCUCAUCUUUGCUGGAAAGCAACUUGAAGAUGGGCGCACAUUGGCUGACUACAACAUUCAAAAAGAGUCGACCCUCCACCUCGUGCUCCGCCUGAGAGGAGGUAUGCAGAUAUUUGUAAAGACACUCACCGGAAAGACCAUCACCCUCGAGGUGGAGAGCUCCGACACAAUUGAUAAUGUAAAGGCCAAAAUCCAAGACAAGGAAGGUAUCCCUCCAGACCAGCAGCGCCUGAUCUUUGCAGGGAAACAGCUAGAGGAUGGUCGUACACUUGCUGAUUACAACAUACAGAAGGAAUCAACCCUUCAUCUUGUCCUCCGCCUCAGGGGUGGUAUGCAGAUCUUCGUCAAGACACUAACAGGCAAGACCAUCACUCUAGAGGUGGAGAGCUCUGACACUAUAGACAAUGUGAAGGCGAAGAUACAGGAUAAGGAAGGGAUUCCUCCGGAUCAGCAGAGGUUGAUCUUUGCAGGGAAGCAGUUGGAAGAUGGGAGGACCCUUGCAGAUUACAAUAUCCAAAAGGAGUCUACUCUUCAUCUGGUUUUGCGUCUGCGCGGUGGAAUGCAAAUAUUCGUCAAGACACUGACAGGGAAGACCAUCACCUUGGAGGUCGAGAGCUCAGAUACCAUUGACAAUGUGAAGGCGAAGAUCCAGGACAAGGAGGGGAUUCCUCCAGAUCAGCAGAGGCUGAUUUUUGCCGGAAAGCAGUUGGAGGAUGGGCGCACCCUUGCUGAUUAUAACAUACAGAAGGAAUCGACGCUCCAUCUGGUGCUGCGUCUACGUGGCGGUAUGCAGAUUUUCGUGAAGACUCUCACUGGGAAGACCAUAACUCUGGAGGUGGAGAGUUCUGAUACGAUUGACAACGUGAAGGCAAAAAUCCAGGACAAGGAGGGGAUCCCACCAGACCAGCAGCGCCUCAUCUUCGCUGGUAAACAGCUUGAGGAUGGACGCACACUGGCAGAUUACAACAUACAGAAGGAAUCCACCCUUCACCUUGUCCUUCGCCUCCGUGGUGGUUUCUAAGUCUGCGCUGGGUUAUAGAUGAAAUGGCUUUCUGGUGGUCUGGUUAGAAUAAAAAAACUAUAUGAUUAGGUUAGGUUUUGAAUGGUUUGUUUGGGCAAAUAUAUGCUCUAUGUGAUGUUUUUAGGUUUUUAGCAUAAUUUUCUUGUUAAGACUGAAGAAUGGCCCUAAUGUGGCUGUUGCUAGUUUGCUUCUGUUUUUCUUUAGUUGUUAAUAAAUCUUUUUCUUCAAUAGUUUUA